AUGUUUGGUGCUUCUCAUGUCAGUUCGCCACCUUUUCUAGUAUGUGAAGACGCGACUAACGGAGACAUGGGUUCGUAUCUGUCCUUAUCGGACGAUAACAGGAAACGAAUGUGGAAACUGCUUUAUCAAGCAGCUCUCGGAUUGAAUUAUAUGCACAGUAAAGGGAUGGUACACGGCUAUCUCAAACUGAGUAACAUUUUGGUCGGAACCGAUGGUCAAGCUAAGCUUUCGGAUUUUGGAUUAAACACUAUGCGUGCUAUUUCCAAGGCUAGUACUUCCAGUUCAGCUCGUUUACGUUGGCGUGCUCCAGAAUGUCUGAAGCGUAGACCAACUAUCGCUUCCGAUGUUUACUCUUUGGCCAUGUGCAUGAUUGAAGCUACGGUUGGCGAGCCUCCGUUCGCGUACUUAGAGGACGACGACGUUCGCGAAAACUUGAAAUGUGGAGUGAUCCCUGAAAAACCCGAUGAGAUGAAUGACGAGGAGUGGGAACUCGUCAUUGCAAUGACUCAUGUUGAUCCUUCUAAACGAGCCGAGCUUAGUCACGUUAUUGAUACGUUAAAGAGGUUUUCUAUGGAGGAUUUGGAUGAACCACGACAGGGUGGAACAACGCGUUGCAUUACGUGUGCAGCGCUGGUGUUUAAUCAUUCUCGUUGCUGUGCGCAGUGUGGAAAUCAAUUGGGUCUUAAGGAAGAAUCACGCUCAAGUUGUGGGCCACCAGGAUCCCCGAACACCCCGAUGGAAUUAAACACCGACACGUCUGUUAGAGACCUUGUCAAUGUGCUUCGUAGCGAAACUAUCGAGGAACAAGAAAGUGCAGUUUUACUGUUGUUACAAGUCUGCAUCCGAGACCACAAACGCCACCAGAUACUGGACGAAAAUGGAGUACCCAUUUUAGUUGACUUGGUGAAAAAUGGGCGAACCCAUUUCUUGAAAGUAUGCGCUUUGGGGUGUUUGUGUUGGUCUUCUGAGCUCGAUUCAACGCCGUCGGACGACGAGUUUGAAGAACUUCGAGAAACUAUUCCAGCUGCCGCAAAUACUGAAUGUAACUCUAUCAUACAGGCCUUGCAAGAUCAAAGCGACCGAGAUAAAGUGAAGACUGUGGUGUAUUGCACGUGUACAGCUGGGACGAUCGGUCGAAAACCGCUACUUAACGCUGGAAUAAUCCCACCUCUCGUUAAGCUACUUAGAAAUGGAAAUGAAACAAUCACGAUCUGGACGAUGGAUGCACUGGGCAAUAUGGCUUGCGACGGCGAUGCCAACAGUGCAAUAGUAGCCGAAGGAGCCAUCCCCAUGUUGUUGGAGCACUUAAAAAAUGGCAGUGAAACACAGAGAGGUUUUGCUGCUUGUGUGUUGGGUCAGCUAAGCGUCGAAACUGCUUCCAACAGCGCCAUGAUCGUGGAAGGUGGCGCAAUCCCCUUUCUCGUUGGCCUUCUGCGAGCGCAAACGAAUAUCCCCAAGAACUUCGCCGCCUUUGCGCUGGAUGGCAUUGCUGCCGUCAAUGAUGACUACGGUUUAGAAAUUGCGAGAAAUGGGGGCAUUCAGCGUUGA